AGGUAAGCCGUGAUGAGGAUUUUCUUUACGUUUUCCUGGUGGCUCCUUGUCGCGCUGCUUUCCGGGACUUCAAGCAAGCCCCGCAGGUAUCGCCAAAGAUAUGAAAAUCACAACUUCGGCCUUGGCUCUUUAGUACAUUUUACAGAAAGGCGUUAUUCUUGUAAGCUGUCCUGUAAAAAGCCACCCGGUUGCUUUUGUAUAGAAAGCUCGGAUGAGACAUGUUUCUGCCUAUGCGAUCUUUCUUAUGAUAUUAGUUGAACAAAAUAUAAAACUACCACCAAUUUUUACAACCUGGUUUCUCUUGCAUACAGUAAAUAACGCACUACCAUGUCCGCCUUACCACAACGCCACUUGCCUCAGUGGUGCUCCGCCCACUUGCUACGCGGAAAAGAAUUUCUGCUUCUGCAAAUGCUCGGCGACGAGAGACAAGGCUUUUCAGAAGAUGCGAAUGCAGGCUCCAGAUUGGCCAGCCGAUGAACAGCUAUAUAUCAUGAUGAAAUUUCCAAUUUUUUGUGGCCUGCUGCUCAUCGGUAUUAUUGCAACGACUUCAGAAGCAUCCGCAUGUAUCAAGCAGUGUCCAUGGCCGUCAAAAUACGCAUGUUUUCAAUACGUGACAGGAACCUGCACAUGCAAUUGUGUCAUGGAUGAACUUUCCUGCAAGUCCAUCCGGAAUUCUCGUUGUCCGUCUACUUAUAGACUCUGGUGCACUCCAUCGCACCAAGGGUGCUUCUGCAAUUGUUUGCUCAAGGAGCGUCCUUAUACCAAAGGAUGACACCAGAAAGAUGCCUACUUCUUCAAGUACGUCUUAUGUCUCGCUCCACUGAUAUCAGCACUUUCAGGAAGUUUCGUCAGCAAAUAUGUCCCCUGAAAGAGCACUGCUGCUUCGCUACGCUGCUAAUGGAGUUCUCAUAUCCUAAAUAAAAACGAAGUUGAACACUUUUUUCUGAAACA